GUUUUCAGAAUGAAAAUGGCCAAGACGACUCUCUCACGGCUGGCAAUUGUCAUCGCUGUCUUUGUGGUGCUGGUGAUAGCAGUUCUUGUGACACUGUUCGUUCUCCACUAUUUCUUCAGUGAGAAAAAUGCUGGCUACAUGAUUGGUGUUGGUCGAGCUGACUGUACCAGCCCUGUAGCAGAGAUACCUUUUAUGGGCUAUGCAAAUCCAGAUCAGACUGGUGCUGGCGUGCUCUCGCGACUGUACUGUAGAGCAUUCAUCAUAGCAGAGCCCGACGACUGGAGCAAACGAGUGUUGUAUGUUACUGCUGAGAUAGGAAUGAUGUCUCAAAGGCUUAGGCUAGAGGUAAUGAAACAGUUGAAGGAAAGAUACGGCGAUCUCUACCGGCAAGACAACGUAAUACUGUCUGCAGUUCAUACCCAUUCUGGGCCGGCAGGGUAUUUUCAAUACACUCUCUUCAUGAUAGCAGGGAAGGGGUUUAUAAAGCCAUCCUUGAAUGCCAUUCUCAAUGGGAUCCUAGAGAGUGUUGAGAUGGCUCAUCAAAAUAUGACAAAAGGACACAUUUUUAUCAACAAGGGCUUGACCGAGAACUCUCAAAUCAACAGAAGUCCCUUUUCUUAUCUUCAUAAUCCCGAGUCUGAAAGGCUCAGGUAUUCAUCAAAUACAGACAAAGAAAUGGUGGUGCUGAAGAUGGUUGCUGACAGCGGCGAAGACAUCGGACUGUUUAUCUGGUUUCCAGUUCACCCUGUCAGUAUGAACAAAACCAACCGUCUUACAUGUAGUGACAACGUUGGUUACGCAGCUCAUCUCCUUGAAGAAGAGAAAAACGUAGGAUACCUUCCAGGAAAGGGGCCGUAUGUAGCAGGUUUUGCAUCAUCUAACCUGGGAGAUGUGUCUCCGAACACAAAAGGUCCACAUUGCAUAAACACGGGAGAGUCAUGUGAGAACAUCAACAAUUACUGCCCAGAAGGUGGGACUGCGAUGUGCGUGGCUUCAGGUCCUGGCAAGGAUAUGUUUGAGAGUACCAAAAUAAUUGGCACAAACAUCUACUUGAAAGCGAAGGAACUGUCUAUGAAGGCCUCUGAAGAGAUAAGUGGCCCCAUCAGAUCACGUCACGCGUGGGUGGACAUGGCUAACUUCACUGUGCAGCUCAAUGCUACUCACUCGGGAAAAACAUGUAAAGCUGCUAUGGGGUACAGCUUUGCUGCUGGUACUAUGGAUGGACCAGGCAUGAUGAAUUUCACUCAAGGCACAACAGAAGGAAAUGCAUUUUGGGAUGCAAUUCGUGAUUCAUUGCUUGCUGAGCCAUCCAAUGAAACGAAAGAAUGCCACAGUCCGAAGCCUAUCCUGCUUCCUACAGGAGAGCUUUCAAAACCUUACCCAUGGCACCCGCAUCUGAUUGACGUUCAAAUAGCGACCAUUGGAUCUGUGGCAAUAGUGGCUCUUCCAGGAGAGUUUACGACAAUGGCUGGUAGAAGGAUGCGUGAAGCUGUUAAAAGUGAAUUUGAGAGUCAAGGGAAACCAGGAAUGAACAUUUUACUUUCGGGACUGUGUAAUAUUUAUACCCACUAUAUAACUACUUACGAAGAAUACCAGGUUCAACGAUACGAAGGAGCAUCCACCAUUUUUGGACCACACACCCUUUCUGCUUAUAUCCAGUCAUUCCGUGCCCUGGCCAAAGCUAUUGCUAAGGAUACUGUUCCGGACUUGCCCAAAAUCCCAGAGCCAGACAUUUUCAACAUAAGCCUGAACCUUCUGCUUCCUGUUAUCGAUACAAAACCACUUGGUAGUAAAUUUGGGAAUGUCAUACAAGAUGCACGGUCAAAUUACAGGGUGGGCGAAGUUGUUGAUGUUCACUUUGUUGGUGCAAAUCCAAGGAAUUCUGCAGCAAAUAUGACCAGUUUCACAUUUCUCAUAGUAGAGAAAUUUGACAAUGCUUCCAGAAGUUGGCAAGUAGUGCAUGAUGAUGCCUCAUGGAACACCAGGUUCAUCUGGCAAAAAGGCAACUGGGGACGAAGCACAUCUCAAUUACAAUGGCACAUUCAAAACAACACUGAACCAGGAACUUACAGACUACAAUACUUUGGUCACAGCAAAGAAUUGCUGGGCUCAAUUCAGGCGUUUAAUGGCUCAUCUUCCACAUUUGAAGUUUCAAACUGAAAUCUGCAAUUGUAAAACUGGUAGCUAGAAGCUGGAAUGUUUAUCAUAGGGGUGAUGUAAAUAAAUGUGAGCCUUUUGUGUAGCAAUAGUGGCCAUUUCCAUCAUUAGCCUCCCAAUAGGAUGACUUCUGGUAUGAAUUCUGUGACAGUGUUCCCAGUACUUACAAUUUGUUCUCAGUCCUCUGCUGUGCAGUAGAAAAUGAGAUGCCAGGCGCAAUAGAGAUCGUAGGUUGGUUGUGCAGGAGAGAACAUUUAAAGGGAGUAAAUUUAAAGACAGACAGCCGGAAUAUUUGUACCAGCCUUCAAGUGUUUAAAAUGAAACACUGUUGUUUUUGACAGAGUCAU